CCUCAGAAGAGUUCAGAAGGACGAUGGAGGGAGCCGGUGUUGGAAGGAUUUACUUUCCUGACACGGAGCUAUGAAAAAAACCACACUUAUUCUCACAAAUUUCGGACGUGUUUGACACCGUAGCCUCGACAUGGAGCCAUAAUGGUGCGUAAAUCUCCAGAAACACGUCGGAGCGGUGGAGUUUUCUUCUCCCAAACUGGAAUAACAAACACUCGAUGCAGAUAGAGACGUCUCACCAGUCAACAUGUCUACCAGUUCAGUCAGUCAACCCUCCAGACAGGAGAGAAAAGGCAGUUUCUUCAAGUUGAUUGAUUCGUUUGCUUGGGAAAUUGGCACAUUGAAGAAGGAGAUGGGGAAUAAGACGGAGCCAGCAGCAGCAGAAGAAGAACAACAUAAAACAGAUACACUCAUUGGGCUUGGUGAGGAGGUGGGGGGCCUCUUCCUUCAGGCCACACCCUGCACCGGGAUGAGCGCCGGUUUAGCUGGAGUGAGAGAUUCGGGCUACGACUCCCUACACAGGCGGCUGAGCGUUCUGGACAGGCUGGUGCAGACGCAUGCGGUGUGGCUGCAGCUCGGCCUCAGCCACAUGGACGCCAUACAGAUACUGCAGAACCAGCCCACUGGGACCUUCGUGGUGAGGAAGUCGAUCAGUCUGCAGAGAAAAGUCAUCUCCCUCCGCAUGGACAAAGACUCAGCUGUUCCCAUCAAAGACUUCCCUGUGAAGGAGAGCCAGUACACUUUCUCUUUGGAGGGAUCAGGCCUGAGCUUUGCCGACCUUUUCCGUCUCGUGGCCUUUUGCUGCAUCAGCAGGGAUGUGUUACCCUUCACCCUGAAGCUUCCAGAGGCCGUCGCUUCAGCCAGGACCUCUGCGGACCUGGAGGAGAUCGCUAAACUCGGAGCAGGCUUCUGGGAUACUCAGAGGAGGAAGAGUUCAUCCUCAUCAGGAAUAGUAGCCCCCAACCGACCACCUCCACCUGCUCAGAGACCUGUCUCCGUGGCGACCUCCCCAGGGCGCCCUCGGCUUAGAACUCGCACUCCGUCUGAGCUCGAUUGUUGCCAAUCCAACGGGGCGCUUUGCUUCAUCAACCCCCUCUUCAUUAAGAUCCACCAACCAGAGAACGGCAGCACAGACCAGGAUCCCAAGGAUGAACCUGUCACCAGCAGUGUAGACGACAACAGCAAAAAACGCGCGGACCAGGUCUGUGGCGAAGGUGGGAAUUCAGGUCUGAGUAGCUCAGAGGUGCCAGACCAUAAGAGCCAAAGCAGCAGCGCAGACACAGCGUCACGGUCUCCACCUCCUCGUCCGCCACCACCUCGUUUCACCCAACGCCGCUCAGCUCCUCCCAUCCGACAGCGCAGCAUGCCGGAGAAGGUCGCCUGGAUCAAUACCCCCAAGGAGAAGGUGGAGGAGAGGGAGCCAGGGAGCCUCCUCUCUCGCCUUGGCUCCUCCCUCAGCAUCAGCCCCUCGUCGUCCCCUCCCAAAAGACGUAGCAUCAGCUCGCCCAUCUCCAUCCCCCGGCCCUCGCUGCCUCUCUCCUUCCCGUCCUUGUCCUCAUCUCCACGCCGGUCCAAAACCUCGCCUUCGUCCCAUCAGGAGGACGCCCAGUGCCACUUAGCUCUGGAGGAGCGGACCAUAGAGAAGGCCCUCAUUAGAGCCAAACAGUCUCAGCGAAAGGCGAUGGUGACCAGCAGCGACGCCUCCCCGAUGACGGCGAGCAAACAGAAUGGAGAAGAAGAAGCGGGCGUGGAGUGCAACGGAGGCGGUCAGCGUCUGAGCGAUAUGAGCAUCUCCACGGAUUCCUCAGACUCUCUGGAUUUCUCCCAGUCCUCCGCCUUUUUCCUGCCCCCUCUCCACGACCCCAGCCCCCCUACCGAGGCUGACAUGGACAUCCAACUGCCCCUGUCCCUCCCCCCGUCCCACCUGCCGUACAACAGCAUGGAGGAAGACGACGAUGACGAUGAUGAGGAGGAGGAGGAAGAGCCCGAUUACGGCGUCAGCCUGGAAAGCGACCAGGAUCAGGACCAGGACCUGACCAUGGUACCCCCGGGCCAUCGCACCAAGCGGCGACCCAGCGCCAGGGCCUUGGUCCUCCAGAAGGCCCUGCAAGGACGCCUGCGCAAGAUGAGCGGCGUUUUCAACUCGCUGCUGACACCAGAGAAGAGGGCGAUCCGCAGGGUGCUGGAGCUGUCCAGAGACAAGGGCUCGUACUUUGGCUGCCUGGUGCAGGACUACCUGAGCUACAUGGGCGAGGGGGCGGAGACCCAGGCCUGGCAGGGAUACGCCUCCGGACUGGAGCUGCUGCAGACGCUGCGCCAGUUCAUCACCCAGAUGAAGAGCUACCUGCGACAGAGCUCCGAGCUGGAGCCGCCCAUCGAGAGCCUCAUCCCUGAAGACCAGAUCGACGGGGUUCUGGAAAAGGCCAUGCACAAAUGCGUCCUGAAGCCCCUCAAACCGGUGGUGAGCGCCGCCCUGCAGGAGUACCAGGUGCGCAGCGGGGCAUGGCAGGAGCUGAAGGAGAACCUGUCACUGGCCAAAGCCCGGCAUCCGCAAGAAAUGGGCGUCGCCGACACACUGCCGCCGGACCCAGUCGCCAUCGAGAAGAUCAAACACAAGUUUCACACAAUGUGCAAACUGUACUCGCCGGAGAAGAAAGUCACCAUGCUGCUGAGAGUCUGCAAACUCAUCUACACCAUUAUGGAGGACAACUCAGGUCGUCUCUAUGGCGCUGAUGACUUCCUGCCCAUGUUGACCUACGUGUUGGCUCAGUGCGACAUGCCGCAGCUGGACAACGAGAUCCUGUACAUGAUGGAGCUGUUGGACCCCUCCCUGCUCCACGGAGAAGGUGGUUAUUAUCUGACCAGCGCCUACGGAGCCAUGUCUCUGAUCAGGAACUUCCAGGAGGAGCAGGCGGCCCGAGUGCUGAGCUCCGAAACCAGAGACACCCUGCACCAGUGGCACCGGCGACGCACCACCCAGCGCUCUGCACCCACCAUCGACGACUUCCAGAACUACCUUCGGGUGGCGCUGCAGGAGCUGGACAGCGGCUGCACAGCCAAGACGCUCCAGGUGCGACCGUACGCCACCGCCGAGGAGGUGUGUCAGCUCUGCGCCUCCAAGUUCAAAGUGUCGGACCCCGAGAACUACAGCCUGUUCCUGCUGACGGAGGGCACCAGCCAGCAGCUGGCCCCCGACACCCACCCGCAGAAGAUCAAAGCCGAACUGCACAGCCGCCAGCAGGCCACGCCCUUCCACUUCGUCUACCGCCGCGUGGCUCUCCCGGACGACCACGCCACGACCUCUGACCUCCAGACCAACCUGAACCACCUCGACACGGCCCGCUCCUCCCAUCACGGCCUCAGCCCCUCCCUCAGCCUCAGCCUGCCGCCCAGCCACCUCAACGCCAACUCCAUCUCCGUCUGACUCGGCUCUUUGUCUCUAUUAUCGCCGCUCGUCGCCGGGUCUGUCAAUAGGAGCCGGAUUGUGUGGAGGCCUCAGUGCCGUGACAGUCUUCACAAAGGCCGACUUCUGCUUUUUGAUGACACGUCUGUCUCAACAUCCCCCUCAGCGGAAAGUUUUUCCUGACAGACACGAACGAAAGAGGAAAAGAAAGACAGGAGGGAAGGAAAUGACAGAUGGGGUGGUUUUCAUUCCUCGGCUCUGGUUGUAAACAGUGAAGACACCAAGUUUGUGGAUGUAAUGGAUGUACUCACUGUCCUGCGUUGAUGCUGGUGCUUCAGCUGCUGAUUCUGGAUCAGCUGCAAGAGGGAAACAGAGACUCAUCACUUUAAAUACACAACCCACUUUUAGUAGGAGGACUUUUUUUGUUGCAGUUGCUGGUAAACUGUUGUGAUUGUUGUUAUUUUAAUGUGUAUUGAAACCGUUCAACCUGUAGAUCGUAGUGACACCUAGUGGUGACUCAAGCACAUUGUGUGUUUUUUGUAUUUUCCCAGAUUUCUACUA